AUGAGUAACGGCAAGCAGACUAGUAUUUCAUCAAUUCCAUCAAUUAGUGAACGUAUAUCUACUGGCAAGAGUAGUGAUAAAACAGCAAUUGAGGAGCUUAAACUCCACUUAGGAAAACAGCGAAUCGAAAAUAACAUGCGACACAAUGAACUGAUACAAAUGAUUAAAUGUGGUAUUAAUAAUCCAGUUCAAGCAGAAGUUGCUUAA